UCCAGAGCAGAGAGGAGAGGGGUUACCGCUGCCAGGCUCUCAUUUCCUCCCUCUCUCCCCUUUUGUCUCCUGAAGCAGUAUGGAGGAGUGUGACUUGCUGAAGGAGAGGCUCCAGGCCAUCACUGAGAAGCACCGAAUUCAGGAAGAUAUUAGACAGAAGAAGCUGGAACUGGACAAAGAGAAACUCAAACUACAGCAUCUAAAGAAAAAAGCUCUGAGAGAGAAGUGGCUGCUCCAGGACGCAGACUCCCUGCAGCAGCAGAGCCUUCUGUCUGACCAGCAGCAGACCAAAGCCCUGCAGCUGAGCAUCCACAGGAUAGAAACUGAGGUGGAGCUUCUGGAGCGAGAGGAGUCUAUGAUUUCCACAAACGAGAGCUUCAUCCUCAGCAAACUGAAGGCCGUGGAGAAAAGUCCAGAGGAAAUCAUAAAGGAGGCCCAGGAAAACUUUGUUUCAGAACCAUUACCAGUCACCACAGUGAUCCCUGACCUCCCAGAACCUCCUCCAGCCAAUAAUCACACUGAGCCAAAUGCAGCAAGAAAGACUCUGUUUGCCAUGGAGAUCAAUGUAACUAAAAACCUGGAAACCGGGGAGAACACAGUACUGUCCACUGCAACUGUCCCCCCUGAGGAGUUACACCAACACUCCAGACUCAAGGUUUACGAUGACGGCAGGAAGUGUGUUUAUGCUCUGAAUCCACAAGAGGGGUCACGUGACCUGAGCUGUAUGUCUGAGCUGUCGGCCAGGGAGGUGGAACAGUUGCUGAGAAGCGCCACAAUCCAUCGGCAAGUAAACCAUCAAAAUCCCAGCAGAAGGGAGGAGCACUGUUUUUAUAACCACCAAGAUGAGGGAGACAGAGUAGGGGGGUGUCACAUCAGAGACCAGGGAGGACAUUAUAGUAACAAUGUCCUCAGUAACAACACGACCGAGAAAGACUGGCAGAGGAAACCGCGGGAUGAGCCUCGCUACGGUCACCAGGAAAACCAUUACAGUUGGCAGGAAGAGAGACGUAACCUAAGCAACUGGAGGGAAGGUCUUCACUUUGGAAACCACAAGAGGGUGGGCUUUCACUAUGGCAACCAGAAAGAUCACCACUACAGUUCAUACCCGGUGAGAAACUGCCACAGUGUUCAUGAACAUCAGCCUGCUAACCACCACAGCAAUGGGGUCAUCAGGAGCAAUAGUAGGGUAAAUGGAGGCAGACCCAAUGGCUGUCCUCCUCCCAGAUCACAUGACCAGGAAGCAGUGUCAGCCUACCAACCACAACUGUGCUAUACUCCAGCCAACCAUAUUCCUCUCAGCCAUUACAUCAGCGUUGACGAAGAAGAACUUUAUUGCUACGGCCCACCCUUUCACCACAGCCACAGCCAACCCACUGCUCUGUACAGUGGCCACACCCCCUCUGACCGAGUGCCCUCCCCGCUCUGCACAGACGACACCCCUUACACCAUCCUCCACACCAUGGAAACCAGUGAGCCAAUCACAGCCAUCUUCAUGGGCUUCCAGAUGGCGCAAGAUGACAGUGGGCGGGGUCAGGACUUUGAUGGCUCUCUGAAGGCCGAGCUGGUCAUCAUCGAGGACGGUGAAGAAACUGGCGAGGACAACGGCACGAAGGAGAAGAAGAGCCACGCCGAGCAGGGUGCCAACAGCUGUUCAGCAGAAAGAGCAGCCAAUGGAAGCGUGCCACCUGUGGACAGAUUAGGAGACAGGCAGACAGCGAGACGGCUGGGACCAGGUACAGGUGAGGCAUGAAGAUGAAUCCUUCCAUCUGAAGUAGCUCUCGGUGGUUACUCAGUUUGCUGCGUCCUGCUGCGAUGCCUGACCAGUUCAUCGCCUGUCGUUCAUCACCUGUCGAGCUCUGUCUGUGAAGAAGUCAUGGGUUGGGACAGGUUUCCUAGUCCUGCUGAGGUUUUGUCCUCUGAAGCUUUUCAUUGUCUCCAUCAUCCCCUCCCUGCUCAGACUGAUGAAAAGCCAAAGCUGGGUUCAGCCCUGUUGGACCUGCUCAAACUAUCUCAUUACAGUCUGUCUGUCUCUUGUAAGUUUUUGACACAUUACCUUUAUUAAUGAAACUGGUUUCCUCAAUGGCAACUGAAGUACAUGAGAAGACUAUACAUGGUAUUGAAAGAAUACUUCUUUGUGAUUUCCUGUUCUUCAGAGUACCAAAAACAACAAUAGUGUUCUGGGAAUUCACACCCAGAAAUGUCUUUGUGCUAAGUUAAACUACACAGAAUAAUCGAUGUAUAAGAUCCAGCGUG